UUUCUACUAAACAUGACAAAAUAACAACUUCAAGAUUUCUUCUGUUGUGUUCCACGUGUCAUACAGAUAUUUAACAAUAUAAGUGAAAAUGUGGUGAGAAAAUCCCCAAAAUUACAGCGGUAUAUAGAAGUAAAGUUAGGCUACUAAAAUAAAUAGUAAAACGUCGAGUUUCAGUGCGCUUUCAGAGUCAUCACCAUGGAGACCGACGUCAACAACAUUUCAGAAACACUGACAGCAGUGGAGAUGGACAGCGCAAAUAACGCACACUGUGAGCAUACAAUCAAAAACAUCGACUGGAUCUCAUGCAAAGACUUCACAAUCGAGAUCGGAGAGCAGCAGAUCAGACAUUACAUGGACACAUGGGAGAUAGAGCAGCCUGGCUGGCUCUACAAUCUGAGGUUUCUCCAGGAGACAGAGCUGGAGUUUAAAACGCACUACCAGUACGAAGCCAAAUGGAGCAUCCCGACCCCAAGCGCCCCGAUCCCGAGAGUCACAGCCAGCGUGUACUUCACCAUAGAGAUCUCCAAAAUCAAACCAGACACACGGCCUGUGGACGUCCACUUCCUCGUCGAGACCAACAGGUCCAAGCAUAUUCCGGGACAAACGAGGUUCAGGGAGAAGUGGCUGAUGGAUAUCAUUGAGAGCAAGACUUUGCUAACGGACACCGUUGACUUUUAAUACUUCAAAACUGUUUACAAACGAUCACUUUCAAUGGAAAUAAAGUCAAAUGAUUUAACUGAUGCUUCAUAAGGAAACACUGUAGUACCAUCACUAGGCACAAAAUGCAAACGCUAAGAAGAAGACUAACGUUAGGUCUCAUAUUUACCAUAAGGUGCGUUUUUUUUUUCAGAUUAAGUUAGCUCGAAUCAUUUUAAAAGCUAAAUGAAUAUUACCAUAAUAAUGAAUUGUUAUCUCUAUAUACAUUGAAUAUGUUUUUAGACAUAGUAAUUUGCUGUUAAUAAAUGGAUAUUGUUAUUCUCAAGAGGCUGCUCUUUGGACCACUGGUGUUGUUUUGAUCAGAUAAGACUAACGUUACAUAAACUAAAUAACUUUGAAGAAAAGCCGGAGUUUAAAAAAUAUUAAGCAUAAAAAUAAG